GUUUACUGAGGGGAAGCGAGUUUGAGAUUCUCAAAACAAAUCCGAAGAGAACGUCUGCGGUCCUGUGAAUUUUAACAGAAACAGUUUAGGUAUUUCUUUUCAGCGGGUCUUUCGCUGCAGACAUGCCGAGCACCAGGUCCGGUUCCCAAACCACCAUCGCCUACCCCAGAAAGAAAUCCUGCAGAUUGGCCUCCAAGCCCCAAAAUGACAGUCCGAAAUCGGAGAACACGCGAAAAGUGACCCCGGUUCCCGUGGCGACGGCGGUGACUUCCCCAAAUAAAUCCGCGGUCCUGCCGCUCAGCCCCCGCAAGCGAGCCGGUGAUGAGAAUCUUUGUAACCUCCCUCGCUCCCUCCUGGGGUCCCCCCCAAAGCAGUGCUGCAAAGAGAACUCUGUUCUGUGUACCCCCCUCUCCCCCCGGACCCCCUCCAAGCUAAACUUCGACGAGGCAAAGCUGCGUUGGGGCGCAACUCUGUCUCCCCUGAAGCGGGCCCCCUUGUCCGAAGUGGUUUCCCCCAGUGGAGCGACGUGCGAGCUGGGCUCCCCCAAAGGCACCCCCCUGACCCCGACGCGAUCCCCCUACCGCAGGGCUCAGGAGACCCCCGCGAGCUCUCCACGGGGCACCCAGAAAGAGAAGGCGGCUCCUGUGGUCAGACUGUUCACACAGGAAGGCUCCUGCUACCAGCAGACGAAGCAGGCUCUCAACACUGCCAUCCCUGAGAGACUGCUCUCCCGGGAGAAGGAGACGUCUGCCAUCCGGGAAUUCCUAUCGGAGAGAGUGGGGGGCCAGCGGGCCGGCAGCCUCUACAUCUCCGGAGCGCCGGGAACAGGAAAGACAGCCUGCCUGCGCCGCAUCCUGCAGGACUGCAAGGAGCUGCUCCAGGGCUCCCUGCAGGUCUUUGUUAACUGCAUGUCCCUGCGCAGCGCCCACUGCAUAUUCCCAGUGCUGGCUGAGAGGCUGCAGGGCGCUGGGAAGAGUCGCUCAGGGGGGAAGGACUUUGGGAAGAGGCUGGAGAGGCUGCUGACCGGCCCGGGACCCAUGGUCCUGCUGGUUCUCGAUGAGAUGGACCAGCUGGACAGUAAAGCCCAGGAUGUUCUGUACACGAUCUUCGAGUGGCCCUGGCUGGACCGCUCCCGGCUGUGUCUCAUUGGGAUUGCCAAUGCCCUGGAUCUGACAGACAGGAUCCUCCCUCGCCUGCAGGCCCGCCCCCACUGCAAGCCCCAGCUGCUCAACUUCGCCCCCUACAGCCGGGAGCAGCUCAUCGCGAUCGUGCAGGACCGGCUAGCCAAGGUGUCGGGUGAGCAGGUUCUGGACGGCACUGCAGUUCAGUUCUGCGCUCGCAAAGUCUCUGCUGUGUCGGGAGACGCGCGCAAAGCGCUGGAUGUGUGCAGGAGAGCGGUGGAAAUCGUGGAGUCCGAUGUCCGGAAACAAACCGUCCUGAAGCCAACCACAGAGUGUGUCUCCCCGAUGAAGUCCCCCCCUGUCCCGCGGAAGGUAUCCCUGCUGCACGUGUCCCGUGUGAUUUCGGAGGUGUACGGGGACCGCAUGGUGCGAGGAGGGGAGGGGGGCGACUCUGAAUCCUUCCCCCUGCAGCAGAAGCUGUUGGUCUGCACUUUGCUGCUUCUCACAAGGCAGGCCUGCAGCAGGGAGGUGACGCUGGGCAAGCUCCACGAGGCGUACAGCCGGGUGUGUCAGCAGCAGCAGAUGAGCGCCGUGGGGCAGGCAGAGUGCUUGUCUCUGAGCAGCCUGCUGGAGUCCAGGGGCAUUUUCGGGCUGAAGAAGGCAAAGGAGGCACGCCUCACCAAGGUUACCCUGAAGAUCGAGGAGAAAGACAUCGAACACGCGCUGAAAGACAAAGUCCUUACAGGGACUAUACUGACUGCAGGACUGCCUUGAACUUGCACACUUGACUCAUUCGUUCGUUUUGAAAUGCCAUUUUUUUAUUCUGCAGUUAAUAUCAUUGUACAUAACUUUGUUCUGUUUUUUGACUGUAGUUUUAUUACACCUGCACUGGUGGGAUGUUCAGAUUUUCAGCUGCUUGAUUUUUUAAUUUUUUUUUAGUCACUAACAGCAGUGGAAAUGCCUGUAGCUGCUUAUUCAAAUCACUGAGGUCAGGACUAGAAAUCAAACCCGAGGGGCACCGGUCAGGAAACGCUGACCUCUCAGGGCUCCUUGGUCCCGGGUCCCAGGUGUGGUGUCAAUAUUGCCUUCAGUCACCGUGUGUAAUUGUACCAUGUUAAAUUUCUUAAUGCAUGUUGUGUGUGGGGGUGUCGCCCCCCCCCCCCCAAGUUCGGGCAGGGCAACUUCUAGAACUCCAUACAGAACACAAACUGCUUUUUAAUUUUAUAAAUUAGCUGUGACUAGAAGGGGGAUGUGUGGUUUUUUUUUUUUUUAAUUAAAAAAAAAAAAAAAAAAAAAAGCUUAAGUAAUUCAGGACCAACGGGGUUAAACUUUUCUUGUGUUUUUACAAGCUCUGCUGUUUUUGCAGUGUUAGUUUUUGCCCCUAGUUAAAAUAGUAGGACUGUCUUUUUUCCAGGUGGUCUUGUGUGUGUCUGGACAGUUAGAUUCUCUUUCUACAGUGUUUUGAUGGGAGGUUUGUUUUACACAUAAACAUGUAACUCUUAAAUUUCAAGUG